GAGCCCUGCGUGCUGGAAAUAUAGACCUUCCUCUCGCAUCUUCCUCUUCUUCCUUCGCUGACUGUGUCUGUUGCUUCUGGGUGUUACAAUUGGUGUCGGAGGUGUCCAAAACUCAAUCUCGAAAUGAAAUCAGAUUCUUCCGAUCCUCCUGCAAUCUUCUCCACCCCACAAGUCAACCCACAAUCCCCAGCCACAGAACACAUCUUCCCGGUUCGAGGAUUACCAACGUUGGACCUGAACAGCGAUUACGAAAUGUGGAAGAUUCGCGUGGAGCCUCUCUUAUCCGGUCUUACUCCACACGCUCAAUAUACUCAGAUCAUGCAAGCAAUGAGUGACACCGCACUACGUCGUGCUAUCGCUGGGGGCUUCUCCGCGUCCAAACCCAUCAGCUACAACUGGCGUGUCCUCGACGAAUGUUUCGCCAAAACCUCCAGCCCUUCGGUGUACAUGCACACUUUUCUCAGCCGCUGUCAAGAGCCCGGCGAAACAGCGUUCGAUUACCUGCAUCAACUCCGCGAGAUGGCAUCGCGCGCAUUUCCCAGCCUUCCCAACCCAAACCAAGAUGAUGUUAUCUGUAGCCGUUUUGCCCAAGGUGUCUCAUCAUAUGAGCUGAAGUGCCAGCUUCUACGCCAGCCAGCAAAAUCAGUCUCAGAGGCCAUUGAGGUGGUAAAGCGAUUCGAGAGCGUCGAGCAUAUUCUCACUCCAGCUGCCAGUACGCCCUGCUAUGCUCUCGGGACCACCGAGCGAAGAACAACCGUCCCAGCAUCACGACAACGCCGGCCUAAUGCUCCAUCGUCAAGCCAACCUCCAAUUCCGUCCCAGCAGCAUGAUGACCCCAGUAAGUGCUAUUACUGUCGCCGGUUCGGGCGGCGAGCAUGGAAAUGUGGGCAUAACAAAAAACCGCAAGGUGAGCCAUGUUCUUAUGUGCCAUUAUUUGAUAAUUGCUCGAAAUCUCCCCUCCUCCUUGAAGGUAAACUCCAGGGCACUGACGUCACUUUUCUGGUGGACACCGGGGCAUCAUCCUCUGUUGUUCGCACGCAAUUGGUCCAGACACUUGGGGUCAAACCUCAACCUCUCCCCAAUCAGCUCCAGUUAAUUACCGCCAAUGGAGCCCCUAUAGAGGUAACAGACAUGGCCACACUUUCCGUGACGUUCCCAGGUUUUACUUGUGUCCAGUCAUUCGUCAUUUGUGAUGGCAUACGAUGGGACGCCAUACUGGGCGUGGACUUCUUAACUGAAAAAAACGCUGUCAUUGACCUAAGACGCUUUCAAAUUCGGCUGGGUACACAUAACCUCGCAUGUCGCCGACCAGUCAACCGCAACCAGAGUGCUAAUGUUUGUGCUUUACCUCAGAUGACAGUGGUGAACAUCCAUGAUAACCCCCACCUCAGUCUAAAAGACCGUACCGACACCCUGGCCCUGCUACAGGAGUACAGUUGUGUAUUUGACGAUGGGCAAGUGAUGGGGCGGACUAAUAUCGUACAGCACGAGAUUCAGACAGGUGAUAACUUGCCCAUUAGGACGCCACCGCGACGAGUGCCCAUUCAUUACCAACAGCAGUUGGAUACCAUGAUAACAGAUAUGUUACGAAAGAAGGUGAUUAAACCGUCUACGUCACCGUGGGCAUCUCCAAUCGUUCUUGUGAAAAAGAAAGAUGGUUCUCUCCGCCUCUGUGUCGACUAUCGCCGCUUAAAUGCAAUCACACAACGGGAUUCUUUUCCUUUGCCUCGCAUCGACGCUACCUUAGAUGCUUUAGGUGGGGCACAGUGGUUUUCCACACUAGAUCUCGCUUCCGGCUAUUGGCAAGUUGAAAUUCGCCCAGAAGACCGCCCCAAAACUGCGUUCGUUGUGCCUACGGGGCUGUACGAAUUCGAAACCAUGCCAUUUGGCCUGUCUAACGCCCCUGCUACGUUUCAACGGCUCAUGCAAACAGUACUUGCAGGGCUAGUCCCCAAAAAGUGCCUCAUCUACCUGGACGAUAUCAUCGUGUUCGGCCAGUCUCUCGAAGACCAUCAUGCCAACCUUCGCGCCGUAUUUCAACGCUUACGCGAGAGUAACCUUAAGCUGCAAGCCUCGAAAUGCAAAUUCCUGCAGAAAUCUGUUAAUUUCCUUGGACAUGAGAUUACUCCACAAGGAGUACAUACGGAUAGCAGCAAAACUCAAGCAGUUCUUAACUGGCCGACCCCUAAAUCGACCACUGACGUACGCAGUUUCAUGGGACUCGCCUCCUAUUACCGGCGUUUCGUCCAGAAUUUCGCCAGUAUAGCAGCCCCUCUCCAUCGCUUGACAGAAAAAGGACGGAAAUUUGUUUGGACAAAUGAGUGCCAGGUAGCCUUUGACACGCUUAAAAAACGUCUAACUUCUCCCCCUGUCCUAUCGUUUCCAGACACAUCGGCUGGUAGCGGGCCCUUCAUUCUGGAUACCGACGCCAGUGCACAUGCAAUAGGAGCCGUUCUCUCGCAAACAACCUCUGACGGACAAAUACGAGUGAUAGCAUAUGCUAGUCGGAUGCUAGACAAAAGAGAGACGCGGUAUUCGACGACGCGACGUGAGAUGCUAGCCCUCGUCUACUUCCUCUCCUACUUUCGUCAUUACUUAUUGGGGCGCAAAUUUCGAGUCCGGACUGACCACAAGGCGUUACAGUGGUUGCAAAAUUUUCGUGAUGCCGACGGCCAACUUGCCCGCUGGCAGGAACGGUUACAGGAGUUUGAUUUCAUUUGUGAAUACCGGCCUGGAAAACGACAUGGUAACGCCGACUCUCUCUCUCGCCUGCCCGAUUGCGAGAACACACUGAAUGUGUUACUCGGUGCUGCAGCUGACACCGACUGGGCCUCCCUGCAAGCGGCGGACACAACGAUACAGCCCAUUUAUUUACGUCAACAGCAUGGGAACGAUAAACCGACGUCCAAAGAACUACGGGAUUUACCAGCAGCCACGCGGUGCAUCUGCGAGAAGUGGGGUUUACUACGACUUAUAGAUAAUGUUCUUUACAUAGUGGAACCAAAAGCCAACCCCCGACUCCUCGUCCCAACUGUUAAAGUACCCGAGCUUAUUAGUCAGGUGCAUCAUCAACUGGGACACGCUGGCCAACAGAAAACUGAACACGCUAUCCGUCAACGCUUCUGGUGGCCACUUAUACACCAUGAUGUUAUGGAGUUUUGCCGCAAUUGCACUAUAUGUGCGCAAAUCAAACAGCCUAAGCCAACUCCCCGAGCACCCCUAGUACCUAUGCUGACCGAAGCCCCUAAUCAUCGAGUUGGAGUCGACAUCAUUGGGCCAGUACCAACAUCGAGACGCGGGAAUCGUUAUAUACUUGUCAUGGUCGACUAUUUCACCAAGUGGUGCGAAGCAGUCCCCUUGCAGCAACAAGAUGCCCUGACGAUCGGGCGAGCUUUCAUCGACAACUGGGUGUCCCGUUUUGGUGCCCCUCUUUAUCUACACUCUGAUCAAGGCGCUGCUUUCGAGAGUCUUCUUAUCUCUCACAUCUGCAAUGCUUUCGGCAUUCGAAAGACCCAUACUACGCCUUAUCAUCCACAAGGGAAUGGACUGGUGGAACGCACCAACCGAACCAUCAAGCAUCUCCUUCGUGCCUUUUUGCACAACGCACCGGAGAACACCUGGGACGAUGUCCUGCCUCAAUGCUUGCUUGCAUACCGCUCCUCCGUGCAUUCGUCGACCGGAUUUUCCCCGGCUCUACUCUUGUUUGGGCAUGAACUUCGCCUUCCUGUUGAGAUCCGGACACCGUUGCUACCAUACGAGAAGAUCGACUGUAUUCCCUACGUCCGCAACCUUCGUCACCACCUCGACACAGCCUACAACCUAACACGUCGACAUCUGCAGUCUUCUUCGCAGCAUCAGAAAAGCAACUAUGAUCGGUUUGCCCACGGACCAACCUAUUCCCCAGGUGACUACGUCUGGCUUCAUCGGCCGUCAGUCCCUGCCGGUUCGUGCCCCAAGUUCUACGCCCCCUGGAAAGGUCCAUAUGAAAUCGUACAACACCGACCUCCAACUACAUAUGUCCUGCGGAACUUGCGACGCCCCCAGGAAAAUCUCAUCUCAGCACAUUACAACCAGCUGAAACCACACUAUCCACCAGCUGUCAAAGAACCGUCGACAUCUUCGCAACCGCCACCAGCUACGACCUACUUCGAGGUGCCCACUGAUGGAGGUAGUGCAUACCCUAUACCGCCGCCAGGCACUGAGGACAGUGCCUCCAGAGGGGAGGGAGCGAUGUAAUGAUAUAAAAACUAACAUGACAUCACUAAAUGAGUCUCCUGUUUCCUCUUUUUCAGAUAAGAACGCUGGCCUGGCCGUGCUGGAACAGGUGGAGGACUGUUUGUCUAACCUUGUUAUAAAUGACACUGAUUAGCUUGUACCCGGGCAAUUCGAGCCCUGCGUGCUGGAAAUAUAGACCUUCCUCUCGCAUCUUCCUCUUCUUCCUUCGCUGACUGUGUCUGUUGCUUCUGGGUGUUACAUUAGCAUAUUGGUUGCAAUGAUUAGUGUUUCAGAUGGAAUGUAUAAAAAUAUCGGUGUAAUGAGGGAGAUAGGAUAAUUAGAGGAAGCUGCAUCUUUCGGCAUUGUAUCAUUCAAUGAAGACUUCAUGUCUCAGGAUAUCAAUACAGCCUAUUUUUGUGUGAAGAACAGUCUUUUUUGACAAAAUAAUUCUCUCAAUACUUGGAAAUCACCUGCAAAUGUUAUCAGAAUCGUUGGUGGGAACCUAAGUUGUCAUUUAGAUGUGCUUUUCACUUUAUCUGUGGUUGGACAGGAAUUAUGGUAAGUUGAAAGGUUAUCUCUAAAUGGAUUUCAUAUAUAUUGGCACUGGUUGGUGCAGUGUGCUAUGGGUUAUGUUAAUUAAAUGUACAAAAAUAUCUCAACUGUAAUAAUAUUGGGCCAUUGUCUACUUACCUGACUGAUAGGAUAACAAACGAAGGUGGUUAUCACGAUUAUUGCCAGUACGGUGCAGUGGAGAAGGCAAUUACUCGUUUAAAUUUCCUUAAUGUUCCAAUUAAUGCGCUAAAUCAUUACACGGUAUGAUUAUACGCAUGAGUCGUGUGAUUAUGAGAACUGAUACUAUUCAGCUUUAUUAUCAUUAAUAUGAAUUUAUUCUCUUUUAAAAUUUCCACUGACUGUAUACUCAAUGCUGCAAUAUUUUUGAUCACCAAUAGUGGAGAUGAAUUUCUACUGAGAUUUCCAUUUAGACAAAGCAGUACAGAUGCGCUGUGACGAUUGAAUUUUCUAGUUUGCAUAAUAUGACAUUAUUAUCCUCAACAACACAACAGGUCUGUGUACUUCACAAUAGUUGAAGUGUUUCACUACGUUGUUAGCACUGUGCAUAGCUGUCUGGAGUUGAGGCAUGUUCAGCUUAUAUUUGAUACCUAUAGUCUCCUAAAUGUGAAAAUGUGAUUUCUGUAGGAUUCACAAAACCUUGUGGACUAGACAUUACUGAGAUUGUGGAUUAAUUUCUAAGUUAUAUAUUCGCAAUACUUCAUUUCAUGUAAAAGUAUUUAGCGUGAAGUUGAUCUGCAAGUAAGCUUAGUGAGAGAAUGACGCCUCAAUAGUAUGGAUGUUUCGGAGAUUGCCUUGAAAUUUGCGUAUAAUCUUCAAAUGCAGGAAAACAUAUGAUGUAUGCAUAUGGCGUCAACAUAAAAAUCAGCUGUAGACUACAAAUACAUUUAUCUCCCUGAGAUAAUACUUAGUUUUAACAGAAUGAUUGUAUUCAUAUUGUAUGCUAAUAUGUAGAAUUAUCUCUUGUUAACUUCAUGUUAUGCUAGUUCAUACAUGUACUUUAUUUUUUCCAGGUAUACAAAGGUUGUCGAAUUCGAAAUCAACGGAAAUACCAUUCCGUCAAACUAAUGUUAAUACUGUUCAUCAGAACUUUCUUUUGUAAACUAAUCAAAUGUUUAAUAUACUCUUGAUUUGUAAUUCCUCUGGACUUUUUCAAUUGUUUGCUAUACUACGUGCUUUUGUAAUAAGUGAAUUAGGAAUAAUAUACGCUAGGCUUACUUAGUGGGAUGGAGAUUUAUGUAGUAUUAUAAGAAAACUACUUUAGUCAUUAAUAG